UCGCCUUGGUUUCUGUUCGCUUCUUACGACUACGGAUUUAGAAGAAUUUGCUAUUAUUCGAACACUAAAAUAUUUUCAGUGAAACUAUUUCACAAUAACAAUGUCUUAUUAUCAAGGAAAUAGACCAGGGAUACCCAACCAAAGUCAGUCGAUCAUGUCUGAAGUAAACACUCUUCAAGACUUGUCUACCUCCUCACCUGGGAUGUUGCCCGAUGAAGUAUCUCUGGACCAUGUGUUUUCAGCCAUGAUGCAAGAGUUACAGGAUUUGUUUGACCAAGUAUCUGCUUGUGAAGCUGAAUUUCAACAGAUUACCCAAAGACGUUCAAGAAGAAGCCAGUCAGAAGACUCGAGAAAUAAUGAUGAAUAUAUGGAGUUGUUGGCUAAAAAAGGAAAUCUCUUGGAAGGGAUCACUUCUGCGUUGGAGAAGAUAGAACUAUCUCCUGAUAUUCCAAAAGCAAAAGUACAUUGUUAUCAGAAGUAUGCUACUCUUCUGAAAGACAGACAUGACCAAAUCAGCCAUGACGUAAGCACACUCAUUGCAGAUCUGAAAGCUACCACAACAGAGUGUGAAAGGGUCGAGAAACAGAUAGAAACAUUCAAGAAGUUAAAGGAAAACGAAGACGUUACAAAUGAGGGAGAAAAAGUUAAUCAACUGUUCAAUGAGGCAAAAAAGGAUCUGAAUACAAUUCUGUCGGUUCUAUAUCCUGAAAACAUGAAAAGGGAGUUUGCAUUAACAAUGGCUCAAUUGACGGACGCAUUUAUGCAAAAUGAUAAUGAAGAGGAUCAGUUCAUUGAACUUUCACCUGAAACUCUGCAAAAUCCUGCAAUGAUCACGAUGAUGAAAGGCCAUGUGAUCGUCAAGGAUCCCUCAAACCCCAUGAAGUACCGUUUGAAUAUGGCUGAGUAGCCUAAGAGAAUGAUAACGGUUCUGCAAAAAGUGUACAGUUUCAUUGUUUCCUACAUAUUUAUUUUUUUGUUACCAUGUUGCAUAUUUAAAUAAAACUAUUUUCUACUUGUGUUCAAAUAAACAUGU